AUGGGCGCAUCAGUAGAGCUCAAGCAGGAGUCCAGUUCUACCCCCAUCACGCUCGUGAUGUCGCCGGUGACGGCGGUGGACUGGGCGUGGUGGAUCGGCCUCCUCCUCGGCGUCGUUCUGCUGCUCGCGCUCGCUGUGUGGCACAACAACGACGUCUGCCACUGCGCCUUCUUCGCGCUGAAGCGUUGGCGCCGUCGUGCGAGGCUCCCGCCGGGCCACUUGGGCCUCCCAUUUGUGGGCGAGAGCCUCUGGCUGCUCUGGUACUACAAGCUCGCGCGCCGCCCCGACGGCUUCCUCCACGCCAGGAGGAGGCGCUACUACGUCGGAGGCCGCGCGGCGACGUGGGCGUGUACCGGACGCACCUCUUUGGCUCGUCGACCGUCCUCGUCUGCUCGCCGGCGGCCAACAAGUUCAUCCUCAAGUCCUCCCAGGAUGGCACCUUCGGCAUCCGCUGGACCGCGCCGGAGCUCGUGGGCCUCUCCUGCGUGGUCAACGUCGAGGGCAGCCAGCAGGCUCCGCGGGUUCAUCCUCGCCGCCAUCAACCGCCCCGGCUCACUCCGGGCCAUCGCCGAGGUCGUCCAGCCGCGUCUCGUGGCGGCACUGCUGUCGUGGGCGGACAAGGGCACCAUCUCCGCCGCCACUGAGAUCAAGAAAGUGACGUUCGAGAACACAUGCAAGAUGUUCGUGAGCAGGGAUCCGUCGCCUCUCACCGAUAAGAUCUUCAUGGUCGCUCUUUCACACGGCGCGCAGCGACCGCGACAAAGACUAGGCUUUAAUAUUGCCAUACCUGAAGCUUCGUUUACUGGGGGACUCGUUGGUGAUUCGUCUCCUUUUGCUGUUCUUCCGAAGGUCACCCCAAUUGCUACAUUCUUAUUGGUCAUUCUUGCCAUGGCUCCUUGUCUUAUCAAAGCAUUCUCUAAUCCUCAACCAAAGCAUAUUAUUAGAUUGGUCUCGUAUGCAUGCACAUGUGGGUUUAUGUUUGGAUGGCAUGUACAUGAGAAGGCAUCACUUCAUUUCACUAUCCCACUUGCCCUAAUUGCCAUGGAUAGCUUGAACGAUGCCAGGCAUUACUUUUUGUUGUCCAUAGUUUCAUGCUACUCUCUAUUCCCUUUGCUGUUUGAGAACCAAGAGUACAUGAUAAAGGUGAUGCUGCUGCUGACCUACGCCACUCUCAUGUGGGUAGGUUGUACAUCCCAUUUUGCUGCAAACUCUGACCUGGAAGGAAAGAAAGUAAAUCGGUCAGGCAGCACAGUGAAGAAGAAUGGCAUCAUUGGAUGGAUUGGUUUAAGCUAUCUUUUGGGAAUCGCUGCCCGUAAGUCAGCCCCCACCACUGGAGGAGUGAAGAAGCCUCACCGCUACCGUCCUGGAACUGUUGCCCUCCGUGAGAUCCGCAAGUACCAGAAGAGCACUGAGCUGCUGAUCAGGAAGCUGCCCUUCCAGAGGCUUGUCAGGGAAAUUGCACAGGACUUCAAGACUGAUCUUCGUUUCCAGAGCCAUGCUGUGCUUGCCCUCCAGGAGGCUGCCGAGGCAUACCUUGUUGGCCUGUUUGAGGACACCAACCUGUGCGCCAUCCAUGCUAAGCGUGUGACCAUCAUGCCCAAGGACAUUCAGCUGGCAAGGAGGAUCCGUGGCGAGAGGGCCUAA